AGUCGUAUGUGGCAUGCUCCACCGGAAAACCGUCUCUAUAUCUCUCAUUCACAAACACACAGAGAAUGGAUUGUGCUGCCCACCGCCGUUGAAGCUCAACAAGGAUUCCCAUAUCAUCAAGAAAUCUUCGCCGGCGUCGUCGUCUUCCACCACCUCUCGCACGGCGCCCCAACAACAGCAACGUCACGGCCCGGUCAUAAUCUACACGCAUUCCCCAAAGAUCAUUCACACGCACCCCAAGGACUUCAUGUCACUGGUGCAGAAACUCACCGGGUUGUCGCGCGCAGAGGAGGACGAAGGUGUUGUCGUGGGUCGUCGCCAAUGUCAUAAGUCCUCCGAAACAGGUGGUUCUAAUGGUGCUGCUUCGACAACGACGACGGAGGAAGAGGAGGACAGCAAGAGCGGGAGGAUCCUGUUGGGAAAUGAUGACACCGAGUCGUCGUCGGUGAUCACCGAAGAGAACUGCAGCAACGUCAUCGGCGAUGGCAAUGUCAGCCAAGUGAAUUCCUACUUUUUGCCGCCGAUGUUUGAGCCUCCGUUGAACCCAUACAUGGCCGAUAUACCGGUAUUUACGCCGAAUUCGGCCGAUUUUUUGCCUUACAACCAGCCAUUUUAUGGUUGCACCGAUUCUAUCUUUUACAUGCCUCCUAAUAAUAUGACUAAGGCGAAUGAUUUCUAGGACUA